CAACGCGAACGAAACACAUAUUAACUAUUGCAGUUAUUAUUAUGCUGUUGGCAACUGGGCACGUGUAACAACAAGUCUUUGCUGAUAACACGUUUUCCUCGGAAUCUAGUGGACCGACCGGUUGAAUUUUUGUUCAGCAUUUAAAAAUGAGUUAUCUAAACUGUUACGGGAACUGUUAGAACUGUUAAAGGAACUUUACAAAAAAAUAGUGACUUUCAACAUCUUAUGUGCAUACAAAAGCAUCUCAAAGAACUAUAAUACCAAAGCAAUAAAACAAGCGCGAAUUAUCAGGAUAUGAGGAUGUUUUAUUGUGAUAAGAUAUGAAAACAUUGAGUGUAGAAGUACCAAAGUUUCGAAAAAUGAGAAAUGAUUUGUUAAGCGACAAAUUUGGAUAAUAUCAGCGCGUGCAAGCAGUUCAACAUGAAACAGUUCGAUAAACAUUUGCUGCGACGAUUGAACGUGGAAUCCAUGAAGAUAUUGCUGCUGGUGAUAUUGAUAGCAACAUCUGGUCCGCACAGAACGCGUGCCCAAAGAGACACCAUUUGUCCACCGCAGGACAUCAUUCUUCCCUGUCGUUGUUCCCAAAGGGGCAGUGAAAUUCAAAUAUGGUGCUCUCACAGUGAUCUCCCGCGGGUGCUCACCGGCCUGAAGGCCGUUGCCAAAUCCAUCAAUCGACCAAUCGAUGAGCUGAUUCUAGAGAACAACUUCUUACCAUCGCUUCCGGGGCGAACAUUCGCCCCGCUCAAUAUUCUGCGGCUAAUGCUACGUCAUAACGGUCUCGAGCGAGUCUCUAACGGGUGGCUGAAUGAUUUGGAUAGCAAUCUUGUUGAAGUGUUCAUAGUGGAGCGAAAUCUCCGCAGCUUACCCGUCGACAGUUUAGCGGGCUUAAGAAAACUGGAAGCUGUCACAAUCCAAAGCGAUAGUUUGAAGCGCCUCCCAGAUUUUUCUGGGUUGCCGCGGCUAAGAUAUAUCAGCGUUCAGAGUUCGUCACUCAUCGGUAUUGCUCCACAGAGUUUUCGAGAUUUGAAAAACUUAGAAACGAUUCAUAUCACAGGAAGUCGAACAUUGGCUCGGCUAGAGGGUGGCCUGUUCAACGAUCUCCCUAAGUUGAAUCUAAUCAAUCUCUCGGAGAAUGGAAUCGACUGGGUCCACUUGAGAGCAUUCGUGGGAUUGCCAAGUUUAAAGAGUUUACAGCUGAGCGGUAAUAGAAUAGCGGAUGCCGGUAUGAUUGGACGAGCGGUGAAAGAUAUUCCGAAUUUAGCGGUCCUCAAAUUGGACAGAAAUACAAUUUCAAAGUUGAACGAGGGAAGUUUCGUUGAUCUUCCUUCCCUGAAGGAACUGUAUCUCAACGAUAACACUAUCACGGAAAUGUACCAUGGUGCAUUCCAUCGUACACCUAGCUUGAAAUUGGUUCACUUGGAGAAUAAUUAUUUGAGAAGAGUUCACCCGGAAUCGUUCUUGCAAGCGUCAGGAAGUGGAGUAGAAAUCAUUCAUCUGCAGCAUAACGAAAUUGGAAGAAUUGAGGAACUCAGAUCCCUGCUGGAUGCCCUUCCAAUGUUGAGAUUUUUGGAUAUGAGUCACAACCAGCUGGACAGUAUACCAUUUGGUGCCCUUCGAGGUCACGGUACACUUGAGCAACUCUAUUUGAACAACAACAGAAUUCGCAUGAUUGAAAGGGAUGCUUUUAUGGCUAUGCCAGGUCUUCGAGAACUACGUUUGAGGAACAACUCACUGUCCGAUCUACUACCGAUGCCCUUCUGGAACCUUCCUGGCCUGAAAGGUGUGGAUAUUUCCUAUAACAACUUUCGUCGUGUUGAACCAAGUCUACUGAUAGGAAUACCUUCCUUGCGGCGACUCGAUCUAAGUGGGAACACGCUAAGUGUUCUUGAUCCUGCCGCAUUCGUACACACCCCAUUACUAGAAACGGUGAAUAUCUCUUUCAAUGAGCUGAAUCUGAUCCAUCCGUCCACAUUUCGUGACUUGAAUCGUAUGUUUGAAAUAGACGCCGGAAACAAUAAACUACAAGAAUUCAUCCCUGGUUUACCGUUAGCUGUGGAACGAAUAAAUCUGCGAGAUAAUCAAAUCGUAAAUCUUCCUCAACCUUCCUCCAACUUGCUAGAUUUACCAGCGCUCCGAAUGCUGGAUAUAAGUGGUAAUCAUAUGACCCGUGUUGCUAAAAAUACAUUCCAAACAACUGCCCAGCUCAGGUACAUAAGUUUGGCCCGAAACCAGCUGCAAAGUAUUGAUGAAGGUAGUCUAGCUGGGUUGAACCGCUUGGAGGUCCUCAAUCUGCAGGACAAUCGGUUACUUGCCCUCCAUGAGCGAUCCCUCAGUACUUUGGAGAAUCUACGGGAACUCAAUCUGCAAGGGAAUCGGAUCGAGGUACUCGUCGAUCAUCUGCUGGACAACAAUGGCAAUCUGGAACAGUUCGACGCUUCCCGAAACAGCAUAGUGGAAAUUUCACCCAAGGCGUUCCGCAACAGUCGAUCUUUACAGACGCUUGAUUUAUCAUCAAACAAACUAAGAGAGCUACCGGAGUCACUAUCAGGACUAAGCGAGCUGCGGGAGAUCGACGUAAGUUUCAACCAGAUAUCCGAACUGACUCCAUCCGUUCUGGGCUCCUGGAGAAAUCUGGAGGAACUAAAGGUGUCAAACAACAAAGUAAAUCAACUGCACCAAGGCUCGUUGAGGAACUUACCGUUGCUACAAUAUAUGGAUUUAUCAAGUAACGAAUUGACGACGCUGGAGCAUGGUUCACUGAGGAACUUGCCCGAGCUGCAGGAGUUGGUGCUGGCAGACAACAAGCUAGCUGAACUGAAGGAACGCGUAUUUGAGGAUUUACCCAACUUACAGGCCGUCCAUCUCCAGCAGAACAACCUGCAGUACAUUUCACCGUACAGCUUCUAUCGGUCGCCCUCGAUAGUAUACCUGAAUUUGUCGACCAACCAAUUCCGCAACCUCGAUAGCGUUGGGUUGCACAGUGUUCGGAAUCUCGAGGUGCUUGAUUUGACGGGGAACUCCAUCCGAAAGAUCACUCCCAACCCGCUCCGAGGGCUGGAUUGGCUGGUAGAGCUUAAGCUGGACGACAAUCAAAUCUGUGGAAUCCAGGGCGAACCUUUUGCUACGAUGCCAAGGCUGCGUGUACUUAGCAUGCGAAACAACCGAAUGUCACGAGUUCCGGAGCAAAUAUUUCGAAACCUUAGGACUAACAUUGCUAUUCUGGACGUUGACGGCAAUCCUUUGGACUGCAAUUGCGAUAUGCUCUGGUAUCUGGCAUGGUUGCAGGAAACAAGGAAUCUUUACCCUGGACCACGUUGUCGAGAUGGGAAGAUGCUGCUGGAAACGCGGCUCUCGAGGAAUGAGUGUCAUUCGGAUGCUCGGAUCGGUGUUGGCCACGACGAUCGUGCUCCUGUGUUGACUAACGAACACGGGGAUGUGUUCUUGCGAACGCUUGAUUUCGACGAUUGUGAAAAUGAGAACUACGAAGCAUUGCCACCGGGUCCAGGAAGUGGGGUCAGUCAGGCAAAUGACGCCGUCUUUCCCCCUUCACCUGUGGAAAGUGAGUACUUCUCUGGUCAGUACAUUGAUUACCCCAAUGCACUGAACGACAGCCACAUAACGGGGCGGAGUAAUGCAUCCACCUUUUCGAAAGACCCUCCAGGUCGGCAUAACUACAGCCAAAACUUUGUGGAUUUCAACAACAACAAGUUCAAUCAUUUGUACAAUCAACCAGUUCAAAAUGGUUCCCCGUUUACCUUCUUCGGAGUACCCAUUCCAAGUUUGAAUAUUGGAAAAAUGUUUGGUGGACCUGCAAGAGCUUCGAGUAAUCGAGCGGCUAUUGGCACUCGUGGUAAAGGACGAGUACAAAUUUACAGACCGGAUGAUCCAGCAAUAGUUUCGAUAUACAAAAACGGAGAUCGGGCGGAUUCAUCUACAGUGGUUAAAGUCUCUGACGACAAUCAGGAGAAGAACCCGGGCGCUUCGAACGAUAAUAACCUGUUUUAUAGGCCCUAUUUCCAAACUCCGUUCCAGAAACCGAAUGUUCAGAAGGGAGGAUUUACUCCUGUGAUUCCAGGCAGCGAGGGUGGAUUCACUCCGAUCGGCGACCCUAAUAUUAAAAUCAUAAAGCAGAAUAUAUCCGGUCCCGGCAGGUGGCCCGAAGAAUUCACUGAUCAAGUUCCACUGGUGACCGAGGCAACUCGGUUCACCCACAAAAAGCAAUUUGAAGCGACGAUCAAACCAUCACAUCACGCACCAUAUUUUGUAGAUGGUAUAAGUCAGGGAGACCUUAUACCGACUCCCGCCCCGCCAAAGGGAACUGAAAAUGCAAAAGAAAGUACCAACCGCUCGUACGUUACGGAAAAACCAAAUGUUCCAACGAUCGACAGCGAUUCAGAGCAUUCGGAGCAUGAUGAAGACGACGACAAUGAUGAUGUCGAUCAAUCGACAGAUAGACAGACCGUUCAUCAACCAAAGCCUCCCUCCUUUGGAAACCCAAAGCAUGCAGAAAAUGACCUCACAACCCGCCUCACAAUAGAGCUUGGAACUGCCACUACAUUUAAUCCAUUGGAGUACAACAAACCUUACACACUGCACAAAAACGAGCAGACUACGACCCGGGAGCUAACCCGUGCACCAACGAGCGAAUUCUACGACGGAGUAAACCACUCACCCAGCUCCCUAUCCGCGUUAGUAUCCGGAGGUGCUCCCCAACAGAACAUGGCCACAGGCAGUAGCAGCACAAUGCCCAAACGACCUGUAGGGAAAUCAACGAUCGAAAAGGUACCAGCCCCACAGUCCUCCACCGUUACGCCUUUCGUGGGUAGUUCUCCCCGUGGGAACGAGUACAACCCGGGUACGUUCCGAACCGUGCCAAAGUAUGACAACGCAUUGGAUUUUGCGACACAGAAUAUCAUCGAUCUGGCCCAGCAGCAUGAUCCCAUCGGGGGGAAUGAAAUCCGCAAGCGAGAAGAUAUGGAUUGGUACUACGCAACGUACAAUCGAACGCCCAUUUACGAGUACGACUUCGAGGAACUCGGUCUUAAUCGGUACAAAAGUGCAACGGGUCGGGCGCUGGUUUCCGGCUGGGCGAUUGUAAUUGCAGUGGCUGCCAUGCUGAAGACGGUAUUUUAGGAUGUAAAAUAGUGAUAAUGUUAUGGUUAUUUGGUUGGAAAUAAUGGUUGUAAUGUAGAUUUCGGAAUAAAUCCGGCAGAUAUUUACAUACAAGCAAGUGAUAAAAUUAAGAUGAGACCACAGAAGAAAACAUUUGAGCCCGUCCAUUUGUAUAAAGAUUUCAUUCUGUUCAAUGCUGUAUAA